AACUGCUGUAUUUCUAAUAAUUAUAUAUAUUUUCAACUAUACUGUAUUUAUAAUUACAUAUAAUCAAAUCCCCAAGGGGCGGAAAUUAACGCGAUAGGAGCGCGCAAACACACACCCCUCAAUCACUACUGCUGCUGCUGCUACUAGUACAAGGAGCAGCAGCAGGAGUAACAGUAGUAGUAUGAAGCUCUCCGCCAUUAGUCUCGUUCUGUGGUGGUGGGCGGCGGCGGCGUCGGCGUCGGCGCCGGAGGCGGUGGCGGUGGUGCACCAGCUGCGGCCGGCGGUGGGGUGGGGGGCGCAGCUGGUGCGGGAGAAGGGGGAGGGGGUGAUCACGUGCGGGAGCUGGCGCGUGGGGGUGGAGGCCAACAACGUGCGCGGGUGGCGCACCAUCCCCGCCGCCUGCGAGGGCUACGUCGGCCACUACAUGCUCGGCGACCGCUACCGCCAGGACUCCAUCGUCGUCGCCAUCGAGGCCGCCGCCCACGCCGCCGCCCUCCGCCUCGCCGGCAACGGCAGCGACGUCUGGGUCUUCGACGUCGACGAGACCGCCCUCUCCAACCUCCCCUACUACGCCCGCCACGGCUUCGGGAUUCGAACUUGGGUCUCGGGUACCAACCACCAAGCUCUUUUGCCACUUGCGCUGGGGACGGGUAGAGCCCUUCAAUCCCACAUUGUCCAAUGCGUGGGUGAACGAGGGAGCUGCGCCUGCGCUACCGGAGAGCCUGAAUCUCUACAAGAAGCUGCUCUCCCUCGGCAUCAAGAUCGUCUUCCUCACCGGUCGGACCGAGAACCAGAGGGACGUCACUGCACGAAACUUAAAGCGAGCCGGAUACCACACCUGGGAAAAACUCGUGCUCAAGUACUGCAUUUAUUUGUUUAUUACCCCUUCAUCGUCUCCCAGUUGAGAAACUUACGAUUUACACACAAACCUCUGCGAGAUUUGCUCCGGGCUAAGGAGACGGAGACAAGAGAUCGGCCGUGUCGUACAAAUCCGGAGAGAGGCAGAAGCUGGAAAAUGAAGGAUACAACAUAGUCGGAAACAUCGGAGAUCAGUGGAGCGAUAUCUUAGGCCAACCCGAGGGUAACCGCACCUUCAAGCUCCCUGAUCCCAUGUAUUAUAUCGGUUAAUUAUUGAUUAGUGAGGUUGAUUACUUCGUAAUUUUCUCUCUCUAAGCUAGGCUUGGCUAUGUAUGUGUUUUAGUUUAUCCUAAUAAAGAGGGGUAAUUUAGUGUUUUAAUUAUGAAGGAAUUGUGGCAUGGACCUUGCUUCUUGAAUAAGUUGGAUGACACCUCCUUUGCUUGUUU